CACGAGUUGAGGAGCCGGGGUGGAAAAAAAGGCAGAAAAUUGAAAAAAGAGAAAAAAUCGGGGUGUUUUUUCGACAUGCGGUACCUCUGGUGAAGAAAAAUGUGAUUUGCUUCUUCGAAUGGCUGAAAAGUUCCAAAAUUAAGCUGAAGUACGCAUAGUAUGACUGUCGCGUUCAAAACUACACCAUAAAGCAGCCGCAGCAGAAAAACAGCAGCAAGCCGUGAACGCCUAGAACAUCCAGCACCAUCACCCGAAAGUCAUACCAGACAGGGAAAAUCACGUAAGAGCAAAGACGAAGAAAAGUCCUCCCGGGAAAAAGGCUCGAUCUCCACUGCACCGUCGGCCAUCACGUAGAGGGGGUUGCAGAAGUCACACACGCGGAUCAAUUAGACGGAAGUAAGGGUGCAAAAUGGCUGACCAGCAGGCAGUGAGCGCUGUAGAAGCACCGGCGGCAGCGCAGCAACCACAACCGGCCGCGACCACACCGGCAGCACAGCAGCCGGCUCCGGCCCAGACCGAACAACAACCGGCGCAACAGCAGCCGGCCCAGCAACCCGCCCCGCAACAACCGCAACAGCAGCAGCAGGGUGGAGGCGAUGCGAGCCAAAAGCCGGCCGUUGGCGGUGCCGCCGCAGCGACCACCCCGCCUCAGCCGCAGAAGGAAAUCAUUGCGACGAAGGUGACGGGAGUGGUGAAGUGGUUCAACGUGAAGAGCGGAUACGGAUUCAUCAACCGCGGCGAUACGCACGAGGACGUUUUCGUGCAUCAGUCGGCCAUCGCCCGCAACAACCCGAAGAAGGCGGUCCGCUCGGUCGGUGAUGGCGAGGAGGUCGAGUUCGAUGUUGUCAUCGGCGAGAAGGGUAACGAGGCGGCCAACGUGACCGGUCCGUCCGGCGAGGCGGUGAAGGGUAGUCAGUAUGCGGCGGAAAAGCGACGCGGCUAUCGCCACUGGUGGCAGAAGCGCUCCGGUGGUGGACGUCGUCCACCGGGCCAACCGCGCUCGAAGGAUGGCGGUCAGGGAGACGGUGGCGACGAUCAGCAGGGCGAAGGAAGCGACCAGGCGGUACAACAGUCCUCGCAGCAGCAGCAAGAUCAGGGUGGCCAGCAGCAGCAGCACCAGCCACAGUCCAAGAAGAACCAUCAGCACCCGCAACAACAGCAGCAGCAGCAACAGCAACAGCAGCAGCAAGCACCACACCAGCAGGCGCGUCGCUUCCGUCCUCGUGGCCGGGGUGGAUACACCAACUACAACCCUCAGGGUGGCCGUGGCGAGAGAGUCUCCAAACCGAGCGGCUACCUGGAGGAUGGUCGCCCCUACUACGAGGUGCCCUGGUCUGCCGAGAACCAGCGUGGUCAGGGAUGGCCUCGUCGCUUCUUCCGUCGUAACUAUCGCAGCGGUGGCGGCCGUGGUGGUGGCAUGGGCGGUGGUGCUGGAGGCGUACCGCAGGAGUAUAGCGGCUGGCAGGAAGACUAUCGGCCACCGCGUCGCCAGCAGCAGCAGCCACUGAACCAGCACCCUUCGCAGCAGCAGCCCCCGAUGGGUGGACCACGCCGUGGUGGUGGCAUCCAGGGACGUGGUGCUACUCGCGGACGUUUCCCUCGUCGCGGCCGUAACCCCCAGCGUCCACGUAAUGAUGGUGGCAAUGCCGGCACGAACAAUGCCGUGCAAAACACGACAACUGAAAGCACUGCCUAAGCCCCAACCGAGUUCGAUUCCGACGAUCCUUCCUCGCGGGUUUAACCCGCUAAAGUUGGCCCCCCGGGUGAAGCGGUGGUGAUACAUCAACAUCCACUCUGUACCACCACCGACACGAUAAGAACGACAACAUCCAUCCCCGGGUUUGACCCAAGCCGAUAGAGGAAGAGAUCAACGGAGUUACACGCAUCAUCAUCACGAGAGAAGCAGGAGGUCAAAGGAGAGGAACUAUCACACUAUCCCGUGUUCCGUUCGCUGGCGUUCAACAACAACGUUUCGCCGGCGUCGUGCACACACUUACACCGAGCUCUCGAAUCCCGCUCAACAACGACGAGACGACCACGACCGAAGGAUGUAAGUAACCAUCAUUAUGCCGCAAAACGUUUCGCAAUCAUUUUCGACUCCCCACCCCGAAAAAGCACCCGCCGGACCGUGCCACUAUGUGUGUCCGUGUGUGUGUGUAGCAUAGGAAAAGCAAAUGGAAUCCUACUGGCGAGGGAAUCGGUUGCAUGUGAUGCGGGAACCAAGUGGAAGUUGCAAGAAUAGCGCAAAGUGGCACACUCUAACCUCCAUGGUGGCGGGGUGUGCUGCUGAUCGUCCACGUGGUUUGCUCAUCGACAUCGUUUACCCUCUCGCCGGUGCUCGGUGUUAGUACAGGGACAAGUAAUGAGUGCAGGAAAACCCAAGAAGAGGCACUAGCGAAGAUCGACGUCUCAAGAAGAACUAGAGGAAAGAGAGAGGAGAUAAAAACGAUAUGUUUCACUGAAGAAUAGAAAUAACUAAUAAUAACACACAUUGCAUUGAAUACAAUAAUAUGAAAUGAAAAAAACACACACGAUAAUCCUUUAAUAUAACAAUGAAGAUGAAGAAGAGGAGAAGCGGUCGAAGAGGAGGACGAAGCAGGAAGACGCAAAAAGGCAACCUACAAAUUGGAACCAUUAUUUGAGCGCUAGAGCAAAGGGAAACGGCACGGCAGGAGAAGCAUGGCUAGAGAAAGAGAGAGAGAGAGUGGGAGUGGGUGAGGCUGGUUUCGCAGGAGGGAUUUCUGGUAAGGAGCAGGUGACAUCUUGAGAGACACAUCCUUUUUCAGGCAUGAAACCCUAACCCCAACAGCAGCAAGCACGCUACACUAUUGCUACAAUAAUCGGGCACCAUUGGAGCAGGAGAAUGCGUUGACCGUUGGCAAGGCAACGAGGAGUAGCAAGCAGGCCGGCUGUGGCGGAAUCGCUAUUCCUGUUCCCCAAAAACCCCGAAGCGAUCGAAUUGCAGUAGGCGGCGGGCAUUGUCGCCGACUCCAAGAGGCGCACACGUGCGAUCUUUUUGGCGAACCUUCGCGAAGAUGAUAAGAUAGUGUGCGACGUUUUGAGCUUCUUGGAUGGCAGGGGGAAUUGCGAUAGAGAUUCUCCGCAUGCUUUUCUCGGUCAAUGCGCAUAGAUGGGAGACGGCGGCGAGCCUGUUAGCUUCUGCUCAAUGCUUAACAGAAGGAAUAGCGGAAAGGUUGGAUAACAUACGAUUAUUAUACUAAGUACAUACAAACACGCAAAUGGAGAGUACAUGGAGUGUUGGUAGAUUCUCACACCCCAAAAACCGUCGGCGCAUCAACGUCGUGAAGGCGGCAACAGCACCGUGGGUGCGCGUGGUGGGUGUUUUGUGUAAUUCAGAAUUUCUAGAAUGUUUUGUUUUUUGUCUUUCUAAUACCAUGCAACCCUCAUCUGCGCAUAUGUAAGCCAAAACUGCGACACGAAUGUCCUCUCCCUGGCCAUUAUGGAAUAUCGUUCAGAACUAUCGCCUUAUCCGGUGUUCCGGUCGGCGAUUUGUGUUUUCGCCAGAAAUUAUCCAUCUAUCGGGCAUCCGGUGGCGCUGGGGUAGGCACAGGAAUGCGAGUGGGAAGUUGUUGAUUCCCAAACAGUGAAACAGAGCAGAGCAUCGACGAUCAUGCGUGCGUGAGGUGCGCUAUGCUUUGGAGCUAUGCGCGUUUGCGCAGGAUGGGUGGCCCAUCCUCAAAUCCACUCUCGCACUAACCGGGCGCUGCGCUAUCUCACGUAGAAUGCUUCAAAAUAGCGAUCACCAACAGCAGUCGCAUAGAAUGUGUAUUUUUAGCGCGUUUUCCGUGUGGAGUCCGCGCUGCGAGAGACUGCUGGUUACCGUGAAAAUGGUAUGCGCGGCGAUACACCACGUGCUGCUCGGUCGGCUUGAUGGUUCGCAGCCCCGGGAGGAGGGACUGCGCUGGCUUUUUAGAUUCUAGUUUGAAUUGUUUUUAUUCCUUCCCGUUUUUUGUUUUCUCAAAACGCGUUUGCAUUGCUUUUAACAAUACAAUAGAUUUAACGCAGCAGGAGCCAAAAGGAGCAGCAGCCUAUGCCGGCAUAAAUUUGCAAAUUAUUCAUACUACUACCAUUAUCGAUUGUUAGUUACUAAAAACAGAAAAGAAGGAAGAAAGGCAGAGGGUUGAACGAGAUGAAAAUGGCAAUGAAUUUGGGAGAAGAUUAGUCACCCCACCCGCGCCGUGAUUAUCGGCAACGUGGAGAGAGGAGUAACAUCCGGGGGGGCGCAUUAUACCAGUGAAUCAUAUUAACAUUUAAUCAUUUAUCGUCUCGCUAUCUCGUGCCGUGUUUGCAAUUUUGAAAGGAAGAAGGAAGAAUGUGUAAAACCCCAUAGUUUGACCAUAGACAUUAGACACACAAACAUUACGUGCAGCAUUAUGGCAGGUUUUUUGAGAACAGCAAAGACGAUCGAGAUGAGUGUGUUUUGUUAGAUUACAACCAAAUAAUAAGGGCAAGAGAGAAAGAGAGAAAGAGGGAGGAGUUGCAUAUGAACUUAACAUUGAAUUUAACUAGGCGUGAGUUAAUGCGAGUGACAAAGCCAAACAAGCAGAAGCAAACUCCCAUAAAAACACACACACUCAAAGAUAGUAACAAAAGCAGCAGCAAGCAACAGUACUACAGUAUCAUCAUCGAACCGCGUGUACUACUAGAGUUGAUAGGACGUGCCAGGACAGCGCAGGGAUGCCAAGCAGCCAGGGAGGGUGCAGCAUAAAGAUGUGUGUGGAAAGCACCUAGAAAUGUAGGGGGGACAAGGUUUGCCUGUGCGAAUCAGGUCGAGGUCGAGCGAAGAAAAUAGCUAGUAAAGGAGCUGGAUAAAAAAUGCCCAGCAGUACUAAGAGAAGAAUAACACACAGUAAAAGUAAAUGCUCUAAUACCAAUGUUUAAUUGCAAUGUGUAGUGCGCGGUGGAGAGAGCGUGCGGUGUGCGAUCGUUUCGAGAUAUCAAAGAUUGAAGCGAAAGCAGAGCGCGCUAUCCACUCGCGAGGCGCACGUACCAGCAGCAAAGUAGUGGCAGGACGAACAAAUAAAUAAACUAAAAAAAAAACAGGAAUCUACAUCAUCAAACCACAAACAAUAGAAAACAGCAGCUGAGAACCGGCAAA